CCAUCCGGAUUCAAUUCUUCUUUCUCUCCAUUGCCGUUUUCUUAGGCAUAAUAAACAUUCCUUCUCAACUCCAAAAACAACCCCCCCCUCUCGCUCUCUAACACUGUCAAGCAAGCACAGUUCAAGCUUCAGCUUACAAAUUAAACAUGGACUAGACAUAUAUGUAGCAGACUUUGAGGAGUGACGAAAUGGAUAGGAGAGUGUUUGAUGACAGGAGGAGAAUUGGGACAGUGAAAGCAGCUGUUAAUAUGUAUGGAGAAAGAAUUCUUGAAAGUAGUAGCUCUUCACUGAAGAAACCAGCUCAGAUGGAUUUGCCUGAGAAGUCUUCCUCAAGAGCUAAGGAUCUGCGCUUUGCUGAGAGAGACUUGGUUAGAUAUAAAGAGAGUAGAAGGGCUGCAGAGCCGGCAAAAGGCAAAGCAGAAUCAAGACUCUCAGAGGCGAAAAGAAAAGUGAAAGAUCUUGCUUUACAGAUUGAGCAAUCUAACUUGAAGGUAAAAGCUCAGAUGAGAGACAUGGACAUGCUAAAGAAGUUGAUUAAGCACGAAGACAAGGCUUUGAUUGUUGGGAGUGCUGAAAGCCAUCAAUAUGCUGAAGUGAUAAGGGAGUUGGAAGGUGUGAAGCAAGAACUGAGUAAACUUAAGAUUGAGAUGGUUUCUGUUUUGGAAGAGAAAACGCGGAUAGAGAAGGAAAUAGCAAGCUCAAAUUCUAAAUUGUCGUCUAAUAUGAACCAUGUGGAAGCAAUCAGGAAGAAAAUUGGCGAGGCAAAUGAAGAGCAAAUGCCAGUUGAGUUGACAUGGAUUGAGGCCUUGAAAGAGUUUGGAGAAAUUCAAGCUCAAAGAGAGAAGGAAGCAAGUGAAUUCUCGUUUGCAAUGGUGGAAAGUAAGAAGAAAAUGAAGAAUGCCAAAGAGGAAGACAGCAGCUCGAAAGAUCUUGAGUCUAAAUUGGCUGUUACAUUAUAUGAUGCCAAUUUGUUACAAAAUGAACUAAAGCUUGCUAAAAAUAUGGACAAAAAGGGAAGAAAUGACAGUAUGAAGCAUCUGGGAGACAGUUUCCGGAAAGGCAAGCAAUUGGAGGAUUCCCCUGCAUUGAAGUCCAUAACAGAAGAAUUGCACGCAGCUAAGAAAGAAUUGGCUUCGAUUAGGGAAGAGGGUUUUCAGUUCAUGACCUCACUGGAUAUCAUAAGGAAUGAGCUGAGGCAUGUAACAGAAGAAACAGCUCGAUUGGAGAAAGAAAAAGAGAAAGCUGAUAUAACUGCUCAAAAUCUGAACUCAAAGCUGCUGAGAGCAAAAUCUAAAUUGGAAACUGCAUGUGCAGUUGAGGAGAAGGAAAAAUCAAUUUUAUUCAGUCUGUCUGUGACACUUGAACAGUUGAAGACCGAAACGGAGUUAGCAAGGAAAGAGAAGAAGCUCAUCAGUGAAGAAACUGCAAAAAUUAAGUCAGAAAUCCACAAAACUGAGUCUCAAAUGGACUUGACUGAGGGAAAAUUGCAGGCGGCAAUUCGGGAGCUUCAAGCAGUCAAAACAUCAGAGUCUUUAGCUCUUGAGAAUCUGCGAAACGUUAUUGAAAAUACCAUGAGAUCUAGAGCUUCUGCUUCUCAACAUAGUUCAUCGAUUACCAUCUUAAAGUUUGAAUAUGAGUAUUUAACUGGACAUACAGCCAAGGCUGAAGAAAUUGCAGACAAAAAGGUUGCAGCAGCUCAUGCGUGGAUUGAAGCACUGAAAGCCAGCGAAAAGGAGAUACUAAUAAAAAUUGAACUAGCUCAUAGAGAUAUCAGAGAGACAAGGGUAGAGGAGGAGCAAGAGAUAUAUAGAACUGAGAGUUCACUAACUGCUAAAAGAAUGAUAGAGGGAGAGCUAAGAAAGUGGAGACAAACGAGCAAAAAAAACACAGAAGCUGAGAACCAGCAACAGCCAUUGCCAAGGAAAUCCAUGGAAGCUAAUGGUAAUCAGACUCCAUCAAGACGUUCCAAGCUCCGAAAUUCUGGUUCUCCAGCAGUUCAAAAGACUCCUCGAUCAACUUCAAUCACUAUCAAGAAGAAAGGAACAGUGGAGCCAAAUUUAGCCAAGUUUUUCGUUGGAAAGAGUUGACAAGGAUCCAUGAGGUGCUUCAAAGUUUUUAUGACCAUGUGGCAUGUGAAGUUACCUUUUCCCUCCUUGUCACUAUGUUUCAAUUGAAGAAAAAAAAAAUCAAAAGUUCCUAAUAAGUGCUAGUCUUCCAAGUUUCAUUUGUCUUCACUUCCUUCACUUUCAUGCACUGGAAACUAGCAACUGCGGGAGGCAUUCUUCACUCUUCAAUGGAAGAUUGAAUGUCUCAAACAAGGUAGUUAUGUUUUGGAUGUUCUUGUGCAUAAAUCUAAACCAUAGAUGCUAUUUUUCUUGA